GAAGUACAAAAUCUACGUUAUUAUAGUGAUUCUAAGCUUUAAAUUAAUGUGGCCAGCGAUAUACGCAUAUUAUUAAAUUUUAAAGAAAAUAAAGGCUUAUAAUUCAAAUUUUCGGUACGACGACACAACCCGGAGCUUCAAGUUUACGUCUCUUCAAGCACGUCUCUCAGGGUAGGAUCAGAGACUGUGGAAACUGUGUUACCGAUUUGUUUCUUAUAGGUGUUUCAAUGCAGUAAACUUUCAUGAACAGCAGGAUAUAAAUCAAAUGAAAAGGGCGAAACCCUGCCGAAUUUAUAAAUUAGGUGAUAGUAGCAAUUUAUGUAUGAAAUCUACAGCUUGCGAAUUAUCACAAAUGUGAAAUUGUUUUAUUACUCAAGCGAGACUGGACUUAAAGCAUGUUUCAUCAAUGCUGUAAAGGUUAAAACGACAUAAAACCUAGCAUACAACCCCUGUUUAGCUACGUGUAUAUAUAUCAAUAACAAUGGUAGAACCACAUGCUUUAUCAACAACAAUUAAGGAAUUCAGGUCUAGGAGGUUAUCUUCCAAAGAAUGCACGAGUCACAUCAUAGAUUUUAGUGACUCCCUACACAUAGCGAGGGAUGCAUCAUCAUGCGCGGUGAGGUCGAACACAUUGGACCUUCCGCACUUCCAACCGUCAUUCUCCACGGAAAUGCCCCGUGUGUCUAUUGAAAACAGGCGUAGAGGUAGCUUGUUCGAAUUCAUAACGGCUGCAGAUGGCCCGCGUGAUGACAGUGCACCCAGCAAUAAAGGUCAAAAUGACACGCAUGGGAUUGCAAAAUCAGGAUCCUGGCCUGAAGUCAAUAUAGACGAACUAGAAAGUGCAUUUGAAUGUACACUGAAUGUGAGAAAUAUCAGGAAAGCUUUGGAACCAAAGGAUGGUAGAAAUAUGAAUAUACAAAAGUCAAGCAGAUGUGUAGAAGCUGCUCUACGGACGUUUAGCAAACGAAGUGGACGUGUAUCUCCAAGAAGGCCAGCUUGUGUCUCUACAGGACUGCAAGCCACUAAGGAUAAAAGAGGAGCACAAUGGAUGCACCUAAUAAAAGGUCUUAGAGUCAAACGAUGGAGUCAAAUACUAACUGAAACUAUACGAAAACCAUCGACUAAUAAACUAAACGAUAAAAUAAAGGAAAAACCGAUCAAAAAGUCAAAGGAACAAAUCGUUACCAAUGUAAACGGCGGAGUCGAGCCGUGGAUUAACAAAGGGAUAGAUAAAAUAUUUGAAGCUGCUCUCAGAACACGCGGUCCAAUAAAGCAAUAUGCUCGUUUCAUACCGCAAUCAAGUAUACACGUCGUAAAUAAUGAAGCUGAAGCCAAACACGCCAUCACUAUUACCCCGCAUUGCUCAGAUACGAAUAUAAUAGAAUGUAUCCCUCCUUUGGAACCGAUCAAUUAUGGUUUAAUACGUAUGAAAGGGUCGGUAGGUAGGAUGCAAAUAUAUGAUUGCCUAGACAACGAUAAGGGUCGUGUAUUGAGCCUGAACCUUCUGCCAAAAGACCACCCUGCUAUAGAAAUCUACGAAUUACUAUGUCAAAAUGCUCAUCCAAACAUCGUUAAAGUCGAAAAGGUUCUAGAAGAUGAAAAUGCCUUCUAUGUGCUACUCGAUUGUGAUAACGAUAUGUAUCUAGGUGAAUUUUACCAAAAGUGGCAUAAAAAUGCCUUCACAUCAAUAUUUAUCAGGAAUGUAGUGCGUCAAAUUCUAUCUGCAUUGGCAUAUAUUCACAAAAGGGGUAUGGCGGUUUCAAGACUUAGCAUGGACUCCAUCACCAUAAAGGAAAGUGUAGAUGGAUAUCUAGGAGUUAAGUUAGUUCGCAUUGAAAGCGUAUGCCCAAAAGGAAGCAUCAGUUCGGUGUUGCCACAAAAUGAUGUAUUUACAGCACCGGAAGUACAAUGUGGAGAAAUAACGCCCUCCAGCGAUAUGUGGAGCAUAGGGGUUAUAAUGAAUGUACUUGUAGAAGGAAAACUGCCUAUCAUAAACAAAAAACACUCAAUGAAGCAUCAAAAGGGUGUUGACAAAGAUCAAAUACCUUGUUUUACCUCAGAUAUGUGGGUUCAGGAACCUGAAAUGAGAGAUUUCUGCCUCUCAUGCCUUGAAGUAAACCAAACAAAACGCAUCACAUCUGCGAUGGAAGCGUUGAUACACCCAUGGGUUAAACAAUAAAACCUGUCAUUUAACACUGUUAGAUUAAGUGCAAUAUAGAAUUACAUAAAUAUUUUUAACGGGGAUAUGUUAUGUGACGGGUGCGUGAGGCAACGGUAUUG